AUGAAGUUCUCCACCUUCACUUUGGCUCUGGCCGCCUCGGCCGCCGUCGAGGCCCACACCAUCUUCACCACCCUCUGGGUCGAUGGCAAGUCUGUUGGCGAUGCCGUUGGUGUCCGCAUGCGCAAGACCCCCAAGAUUGCCAGCUUCCCCAUCAGCCUUGGUUCAGAUGCCAGCGCUUGUGGCUACGAUGGCGAGGAGGGCAACCCGCGUGUCGUUUCUGUCAACGACGGUGCUACCUUGUCCUUUGAGUGGCGCGCCUACGGCAGCAACCCCGAGAAGGGCGCCAUCGACCCGGGUCACAAGGGUCCCUGUGCCGUCUACCUGAAGAAGGUCGACUCGGCUAUCAACGAUACCGGUGUCGGCGAUGGCUGGUUCAAGAUCUGGGACGAGGGCUAUGACGCGGACCAGGACCUCUGGUGCAACCAGAAGCUUGGUGGCGCCGACGCCAACGGCGUCUACAACCACAAGCUCUCUGUCAACCUUCCUUCCGGCCUCGAGGGUGGCUACUACCUCGCCAGGCCGGAGCUCCUUGCUCUGCACGCUGCCGCUGCCAACCCUCCUGAUCCGCAGUUCUACACGGGCUGCGCUCAGAUCUUCCUCCAGUCUUCUGGCAACAAGCGUCCCGAAAGCACUGUCAGCAUUCCUGGUUACAUCAAGUCUGAUGAUCCCGGCGUCACCUUCAACAUCUACAAGGAACCCCUGGCCCUGCCCUACCUCACCCCUGGCCCGGCCGUCGCUGCCCUCGUGAGCAGCGGUGCUAGUGGUGAUUCAAGCAGGCAGAUGGCCCAACAGGAGGGCCUGGAGCCCAAGAACUGCAUCAUGGAGAUGGGCGGCUGGUGUGGAUACGAGGUCUCCUCCUACUCGGACGAGACGGGCUGCUGGGCGUCUGGAGAGGAAUGCUGGACGCAGAACAAGGCUUGCUGGGACUACUCCGACAAGCUAGCCACCGGCGGUGACCCCUGGUGCACGAUCUGGGAAGACAAGUGCCAGAAGAUCGACGAUAACUGCAACGCGAAGAACUUCGACGGCCCGCCGAACAAGGACAAGGAUCUGACGCCGUCGCUUCCCUCCAUGGCCAGUAUUCCCAUGGCCGAGUCGACCACCAACUUCGAGUCCACCAGCAAGGCAACUGUAGCUGCCGUACAGGUCGAGACGGAUGCCUCGUCGGAGUCUGAGGCCAGCUAUGCCGCCCCGACCACGACCAUGCUCACUAUCGCGAGCUCUAGCGUUGAGGCGGAGACGGAGUCGGAGAGCAAGACGACAACCUACACCACGGCGGCGCCCGUUGUCAAGACGAUUUACGAGACCAAGUACGUUACGGACGUGGUGUAUGCCACUGUGGACGCGCAGAAGAUGAAGCGCGCGAGGCACUACGGCAGGCACGGAGUCAACCAGGCGUAA